CCGCGACCGCGCUGCGCGUUAGUCUUCCCACAGCCAGAUCAGAGUGAGGGUUGUGGCGCGCUGCUUCGCAAGACUCCUGACUGGCUUGAGCCUGGCGCGAGUUACUGCCGAUGAACCCUGACGGGGACUUGUGACCCAGACUUGUGUUGGUGAAGCGCGGAACACACAGUGGCGCGGUGCCCUGGCAGGAGUAAUGGUGUCCAGGUGGUGACGUCUAUUGUGGGCACCAGGAAAAACUUUGUUGACUUAAAGGGGAGCAGCAAUGGCUGGCGGGGAGUCGUUGCGGGCGGUGUUGCUGAAAACCAGCACCAGCACUGCUGGGGGGCGGAGUGGCGGACGGCGGGGAGCCAGCAGCCGAGGUACUAGCAGCCAUGUCGGGGUGGGCGUCAGUGGAGGAGGGCUGACCUGGCGUUCCCUCAGGUCAGUGUCCGGCACGGCGGACACCACGGAUCCCCAAGGACAUUUCUUUCCCGCCAAGUUGGCACUGUCGUUGGGACUCAUCAAACUCUUCUUGGCCAUCCUCAUGGUGGUCCUUGGGGCGCUGGCGCUGGUCCUCAAUGCUGCCAUGGCCACGCUCGGUGUGGGACUCUGGGCAGGCGCAGUGGCAGGAUUGGCUGGGUUUUUAGGAGUGUGUUCCUCGCGGCGCCCUUACGUGCAAGUGUACGUGGUGAGCUUCAUGUGUGUCGCCAUCCUGUGCAUCGUGUCCUCUGGUCUGGUCAUCAUUCUGUCGGCGACAGCGUGGGCGAGGGAUAACCGGCACCAGCGGGCGGUGUACGUGGAUCAGGAGACCCAGGAGGAAGUGGAGGUCCUUGGGGAAGUGCUGGUGCAGCGGCCGGCAGUGCUGGUAUCCGGGGCGCUGGUGCUGUUGGGCGUGCUGGACUGCAUCGUGAGUCUGGCCUGCGUCGCCGUCUGUGUCAAGGAGGCGUGUGGGCUGAACUCCAAGGGUGCUGUGCGAGUCCAGGGUCUGUCUGAGGGCCAUAACCGAAAAGAAAGAUUGUACCGCUGGCUGGGACAGCAAAAGACCAUCUUCCCCAUUGGUUCCACUCAGGGGCCUCCAAGAGGAGUGUCAUCCAUCUCCCAGUUCGUGCCACUUUCCUCAUCAGACUCCUCCUCUUCGGCCACACCAAGAAAGGCCCUGAGCGACCCAACAUCUCCUUCCUCAACUCUUCCUUCCUCUACCUCCCACAAGAUACAUAAACUCGGCAAGAACACAUCUGCACCCUCACACAUCUCUUUUAAGACUGAACAAACAUCUGUCCCAUCCAUUCUUAAGCCGUCUGCUCUCCCCAUCCUCAACCAUGGCUCCCACUCCCUUCCUCCUCCAACGACAUAUCUCCCCACCACCAAACACCAGCACCUCUAUCCUUAUCCUCAAGACCACCGCCAUUCCAUGCACUCACAGAUACCCAUGCCCUACCCACACCAAGCUUAUCAACACCACUUCCCACCACAUGCAGCACACCCUUCCCUUUACUAUCCACACUUAAUGACUCCAAUGAUGCCUGCUUCUCAACAUUCAAUGGAUCAGGAACACCAUCAACGAACAAGUAAGAAGAAAGAGGGUAGAAAGCACAGGGAAAAGAAAGAAAAACAUGAAAAAAGAAAGCACAAGAAGGCCAAGAAAGAGCUGACAGAUGAACAGAUAGAACGUACCUACACUGGUCUUGACAGGGAGCUGGCAGAGGAGUUCAUAGAUAACACAAUGGAACCUGGACUCUCCAUUCAACGGGCUUUCAGCAACAGUUUCGAACAGGACUCCUUUUAGGGAUUUUCAACAAUGAAAUGACUACUAAUACUUAUUAUGUAAGAAAUCAAAAACACAUGUAGCUAACAUGAAUAUUUUGUUAUUCAUCUUUGUGAGGUAGAUUAUAAUACUGAGUGGUUUCUUGUAUUUGAGAACAUAUUGGUUAAGUGCCAUAAUGUUUGUAUAGUUAAUACAUUAUCUGGUGCUUUUAUGGCAGUUCUGUAUGUCAUGUAAAUACUCGUAUGUACUGAGAGCACCUCAUGUACUGAGGCUAGGGUUGGCCAUCCUUCUGGCAACUUUAGGAAAGUUAUUUCACAACCUUCAUCCUCUGUCUACUUUUGUAGUAAAUUCAACACUAAAAUGUAAGCAAUACUAAAACUGUUUUGUAUAAUUUUGUAUCAUUUCAAGUUUAUAAAAUACCACAAUAUAUGCAUUUUGUUUUGCAUACAUUCAUUAUUGCUCAAGAUGUAUGCAACAUAUCAUAUUGUAAAUAUUGCAUGAUGUACAUACCAAACAUAAUACAGUAUACUAAACCAU